AUGCAAGUACCUGCAUCGGUUUAUAUUUUAAGGGUCAAUUGGAAUUACAGCGAAGGCGACAAGAUCGAUGCUUUCGCUGCGAUCGGAACAGUCGAAGGGCCCUCUUCAUAUAUUUUACAUGCGGAACGAACUGCGCUAAACAUAUUGUCCCGUGCUAGUGGGAUUGCUACAAAGUUUCGCAUUGAUGCUUUAUUUGGUAGAGCAGAUAAUUUAAACCAACUAAAGCUGGGUCAUCGCUGGAGGGGACAUAUUUGUGGAACUAGAAAGACAACUCCAGGAUUUAGAUUGGUCGAGAAGUAUUCUUUGGCCGUUGGAGGUAUAUCGAUGCACAGGAAUGACCUAUCUCAUCUUGUUAUGUUGAAGGACAAUCAUAUCCAUCUGUUAAGGCAAAAGGGUAACUUGUUGAUCGAUAUUAUUGAAAUUGAACUGUCGUCAGUUUCMGAAUUUGAUGACAUUUUAUCGUCCAAACCGGAUAUCAUUAUGCUGGAUAAUUUCCCGCCGGAAGUUUGUACCGUUCUCGCCGCUCGUUUAAAGUCCCAGAACCCGGAAAUUUUAAUUGAGGCUUCUGGUGGCAUUGACAUGGUAAACAUCGACAAGUACUUUGACGAAUCGAUCGAUAUUAUCAGUUCCGGGUGUUUAACUACAACCCAGUCAAUUCUGGACUUUUCACUAAAGUUCGAAAAGUUUGGGCCUUUUAUUGAGUAG